CUUCGCGCCAUGCGAGGCGAGCGUAUUUAACGCGCCUAAAAGUUGGCAUUGAUUUCACACGCUGUACAUACUCGCUAAUCGCUUACAAGUAGUGUUUCGGCAGCAGCGUGAAAGGCGCGACUUUUGUUGCUAUACGCUGUGCUGGAGGCGCGUAUAUCACCGAAGGACAACGUUGGGAGUAUAAUUGUAGCGCUGGCAGUUAGCUUAGCCUUGUUGAGCGCGGCGAAUGCCAGUCAGUGUUGCUGCAACAGCGAGUUGUGCAAAAGCUGCAGUCAAAGUGGAAAUGGUUAGUGAAAUGGUGUAAAGUUUGCAGUGGAAAUUUAAUUAGUUUUUUUGGUGAGGGAAAGUAAAAAAAAAUAUCAAAGUUUGGCUUAUUAAUAUUUUUUGCAAUUUUAAAAUAGAAGUGUGCGUCUGAAAAGUGCCUUGGCUAUUAGUAAUAAAAAUAAAUGAGUGGAGGUCGAAAGCGGUAUGUGAAAAUAAAUAUAUGUAUAUUAAAAAAAGUGCAUAACUAAAAAUAUAAUUAACAAAAAAAAACAAAAAAGUAAUAAGUUAAAUAAAAACAAAUUAAUUAAAAAACAAAAUAAAAAUAAAUAAAUUUAAAAAAAAUGUACAUUAAAUAAAUUAAAAAAAAUUUAUAUUAAAUAAAUUUAAAAAAAAAAUGUAUAUCAAAUAAAUUUAAAAAAAUAUAUAUUAAAUAAAUAAUAAAAAAAAAUAAAUCAAGUAAAAGUUUGAAGAAAUAUAUUAGUCUCAAAAACAUUUGAAAGCAAUAACAACAAGAUGUAAAGAAAAGCAUUGCAAACACCAAUAUUUAAAAAAAAAAUUUACGCGCACAAGCAAACACCAACAACUUGCCAUUGCUUUGGUUGAGUUUCCAGCAAAAGAAAAAAAUAUUUUUCCAACAACCAUUGCGGUAAAACGCCCCGCUGUGUCAUGUGUUAAUUAAGCUGCUGACACUUCACCCCGUUAACCGUUAUAUUUCCAGCAACUUUUUUAUUGCAGCCAACGCAGCAGUCGUACAACCUUGGUAGGCGUGUCCGUUGCUUGCCAAAUUAUAACCUUCAAAGAAGCGUCCAAAUAAGCAAAAAAAAAAUUAAAUAUUUUCAAUUCAGCAGCACUUUUGACGAAAUAUCUGGCCAUGUACCGCGGUGGAGGCCGCACAUACACGAGUAGACAGUCAUAACGGUAAAGACAGCAUAUGAAGUCUAAGCGCACAUAUAUGCAAGUGUGUCCGUAGCUGCAGCGGAAAAAAUCGAUAUAACAUCAACAAUAAACAACGGUAAUGCUGCUGCUGCCCCAUAAACAUACCUAAGCAGCACAAAGGCAUACGCACACACACACUUACACGUGUGCGCUAAACAAUUGUGCGUUAGUGUGCGCUGUGUAGCAUGCCUCUGCAGUAGCAUAUUUGCAUGUACGCGUUUGCUAUCGCUUUCUUCCACCAACUCUUGCCACGCCAGUUAGACGCCACAAUUUUAUACCGAUAACGUAAUACAUACGACACUCACAGCAGUUGGGCGAGCGUUUACCAUAUGGACAUGUGCAGCUGAACAAACAUGUUGUGCAAUUGUGCUGACGUUUAAACUAUUUAAUUAAAAUUACUAAGUAAUUAAUUAAUUCAAAUUAAAGAUAUAUAAUCGCGUGCGCGAAUUUACAAAGAUAGUAAAAAACAUUAUAUAUAGAAAAAAUUGUCCAUUUUAUCCGCUCAACGGAUAAUUUUAAUUUUAGAAAAAAAAUAAUAAUAACAAAGAAAACAACAAAAACCGUUUGCAUUUAUGCAGCACAAGGUCACACACAGCCACACGCCCGCGCACCUACACGGCGUAUGAGUAAUUAAUUAAGUGCAGCGCCUGGAGUGAAUGUUGAACCACAAGCAUAACAACAACAACAAAUGCAACGGCAAGAAGAUGGUGGACUUAAAUACGUGUCCGCCUACGCCACCGGGUGGUGAGCGCUCGAAAAUCAAAAGCUUUAUGGGUCGUACUCCCGGCAUUGGUAUACUCAAGUCGAAAUUUCUAACGGUGCUUGGGAAUAGUAAUGAGCUGCUUAACGGUAUUUCGAAUAAGCUUACACUUAGCAUUAGCUCCAGCGAAUCGGAGUAUUGCGAUGAUGACGAGGAGGUUCCUAUAUUUGACGAGACCAUUGACUACACGAAAAUAGAUUAUGAGUUUCGACGCAUUAAGGCACGACGCGCACAUGAAGAGAUCAUAUCAGGACGAUUUCGAUAUCCUAACUUGGCACCUAGACCUCGCUUGGAGGCUUCCCGCUCCAGGUCACGUAAUAAAAACAAGCGUUCCGAUUCGAGUUCCUCAACUUCCAGCUCUACAUCGUCUUCAUACUCACCGCCUGUCAAUCGUUCGCAUAUUAGUAGUACUACACGCUCUAAUUCCAUCGAGUCACGUCACUCAGGUGGAUAUGGACGACCCGGACGCGCCAUACCCGGUGCACGACGUAGUGAACUCGACAUACAAAGAGAUUUAUCACGCAUUACCGAUUUAUUGAGCGUAAAUGCCAGCGCACCGCACAUUGAUGUGCAACCGCCUUCGGAUCGUGAAUGCGCCAAUUCCACGGAACAACGCAACCAUUCCACCCAUCUGCACAUGGAUAUACCAGCUAUGACACAAUCGGGCACCAGUAUGGUGGUGCCGCCUCGCAGUCGCAAUUCGAAUAGCAGCACUGUGACCAGCUUGCGCGACGAACCCGAUGUACAAGCGAGUCCCAGCAUUGAAUCGACCGAUUGGCGUAAUUUUAUACGUUCGGAGUCACAAAACUCAGUGCCAUCAUGGGCUUCGUCCAUCAGUUUGGACUGCCGCGUUGGCGAGGAACCAGUCAAAGAGUUUAUGAAACGUUUCAUAGAAGUGCUCUUCUUGAACGCCUCGGCAAUCGGACUGGAGUUGAAGGCGGAGUUUGGCGCAUUGGCGCGUAUCGAUGCGGGACGUCAAUGGUUUACACGUUUCUUGCUCGAGCAGAAAGUCAAAUCGAAGCGUGUGGACGAGGUGACUUUCCAUUCGCUGGUACAAUAUUUCGCCAUCGUCUUAUUUGAGUGCGGCGAGAGUGAAGACUACGCGCCGGCGGCGUUAAUUAUGAAUACAUGCUUUAUAUUCUACCAUGAAAUUGAUGUUCCUGGCUGUGAACCGUAUCGCCAGUAUCUCUACAUUUUCAUGCGCCAGCAACCGAUAUGGUACAGUCAACGAUUUUGGGGCGCCGCAUUCUUCGAAGCUGUGCAUAGUGAACGUGACCAUCGUUUGGCAAUGCGAAAGCGACGCGCUGAAAGAAAACAGCGCAAUAAAGCACAAUUCACAACAAAGAUAGCGGUUGAGUCGAAUUUGCAUGAGAAUGCGCCAGUUGAGGCAGCCAAUGAGAUGGCGACGUUAACGGAUGCACCGGUUGAUGGGGAAAUCGCUUCCACGUCCAGUUCCUCACAUCAUGGUAAUAUUGUGGCCUUAAAGGUGCAGUCGACGAAGAAAUCUGCUUCACAGACCAGUGCCGAAGACACGUCCGCAAUUGGUGGCGCUGGUGCUUCGGCCGAGUCGACAGCUUUGGUGGAUGCGUCGAACACUGCAGCAGCCGCUGAUAAGCAGCACGCACAUCUCGAUCCGCAUUCCAUUGAGAAUAUUGUGUUUCGACAACUGGGGGAAUUCACAUGUAAUAUGCACUCAUUGGGCCUACCUCAAGAUAUGUGCCUAGACUUUUUGAAGAAACAAUCGGCAACGGCAAGCCAUACUUUAUCAAAGGAGAAAACCAAACUCAUUAAGGAUAACAUAUUGCGUAUGUACCAUGAAACCGAUUCGUGGGGCGCGAAAGUGUCCUGAGUUGUUUUUACCGCUAACCAAAAUAUAUUAAUUCCAUCUUUCCAGUAGUUAGUUAAAUUCUAUUAAAAUUAAUAUUAAUUACAUUUAUAACGGAAAUAUUAUUAAUAGAAAACGUUAAUAUUAAUAUAUACUUAUACUGUUAAUAUAAAUAUAUAAUUAUAUAGAUGCAUUAGGGAUGCCCUUAUUUGUAUAUAAUUUAUAUUUGAGCAUAAAAAUUGCAUUUUCGAAAUUCUGCUCUUAAAUGCUCUAAGGAAAAGUUUGAAAAUAACUGUUUAACGAAUGGAAAUUAGUUUUCAAACAUUUAUGUGUAUACAGGGUGUUUCAAAUAAUUACUGGUUUCGUUUUUAAUUAAGCUCCAUACAAUUUUUGUACAAAUGAGGAUAGUCCUAAUGCGCAUAUAUAUGUAUGUAUAUAAAUAUGGAAUAAUAUUUAUAUAUUAUAGAUCUUUUUAAUAAUUCGUGUAAGUAAAGUUCAAGUAAGCAAGGAAUGUGGUUGAUAAAACUGUAAUUUUUUUGUAAGGUAUGCAUUAGGGCGUGGUAUUUUCGGAAGAAAUGUUAAAAAAAAUUAUUUUACUAAUGAGGAUGACUAGUAAUAUUUAAAAGAGAAAAGCAAGCUCAUAACCUAAAAAACUUGCUACCCUAAUGCACAUAUACACACAUUUACAUAUAAAAGAUUACGAUUAUAAAGAGGAUGAAUAUCAAAGCAUAUAAUAUUAUAAACAAUUUGCAAUAUCAAAAGAAAUUGUGAUAUGGAGUGUUAAACAUUUUUACAAAGAAAGGGUUUACAUAAAAAUUGGUCCUCAAGAUGAUUAUCUGUAAUAGCUAUACAAAUAUGUUUGUAACAAAUCGGAGCAUAUUAUUUUGAUUCUUGAUGUCAUUGGAACCUUGCUAUAUAAUUUUAUUUAAUAUUCAGUAAGAGAUAAUUUUUUCUUGGAAAUUGUUAAAUCUAUGCUGCUCUCAAAGCGAUCGAAGAAUGAACUGUCCAAAAACAGCUGUUAUUACAAAAUUUUGCAAAGUAAUAUCAUGCUUAUAGAGUGUCAGUUUCGUUAUAAUGUUGUCGUUUUCUAAACAGCCCAACUGGCGCCGUUACUUGUAGAUAAAAAGAGACAAGUUCAUGUAAAAAUAUGGUUGCUCUCAUCUUCCUUUGUAGACUUUAAUAUCUUUAUUUUGAGAUUCUACAAUGUCAUCAUAAGCUUUUUUGAAAUUCCAUGUGCCCAAAAUUUACCAAAUCCGAUGAUACUCUUUGCGAAGGUGCACAUUUAGCGUAUCGAGUAAAAAGCGUUUAAAAACUGUUGGAAUAUGAUUAAACUGAACAGAUACACUUUAGAAGGCUGUAACUCAAACACUAUUUGAGAUAUUGAAAAUAAAAACGAUUUUUAAAAAAAAUAAAAACGAUUUUUAAAAAAAUGUUUACUAGGUGUGCCUCUUAAAAUCGAUUUUUUGCAUGGGCAAAAAAUAAUUUAUAGAAAUACUGUAAGUAUAAGUAUAAUAGUAGGUUAGGUUAGGUUAUACUAGCCGACUGUCACGCUAUACAUAGACCUACUGGUCGUUCGUAAUGCCCGAUAGAGGUACAGUUUAAUUUGAGCUGAAGUAUUCAUCAACACAUUUUGCGAGCCUUAAGAGUGAUUUAAUAUCUAAUUUUGAAACAUUAUCUACAAGUCUCUUAAACUGCGAAGCUUCUAGAUAUCUAAGCCAAGUACUAAAUAAUGCUAGACAGAAGCAUACCAGGUGACAUCUUCCAUGCCUAUUUCUCUGCACUUUCUGCAUGUAUCGUCUUUACUUAUGCCCAUCCGGCUCGCAUGUGAUUCGUCUACCAACGCUUUCAGAAAUAUUAUUGCACAAUACCUAUAUCGUUUUUUGUGACUGACAGCUAUUUCGUUUCCCAGAAUUUCUCGGUCACUGGAUUCCAGGCCACAAAGUGUGAUAGUAGAUACUUAAAAAAAAUGUCUUUAGUGGUUUCAAAAUCGUAUUAUAUUGCUUUCCAAGAAGUGAUAAUGACUUUUAAAUAUAUAUAUUCUACAUAAUUCAACAAAAUAAUUCAAACAUUAAUAUAUUUCAGUACAUAAAUCAUUAUUUAGGUGAAAUUAUAAUUCCAUCUAUUAAAACACAUUAAAAGUUAGGUAAUGUGUUUUAAAAUCGGUUAGAUUAUGUUUUUGAAAAAUUAAUUAUGCCUUAAGAUAAUUCGAAUUUCGGAAAUAAUUAAAAAAACACUCGUAUAAAAGCAUGUAUUUAACUCACAGAAUCACUGUUUUACUAUCUAUACAAACAGCACCUAUGUAAGACCCCAACCUCGUACCUGUUGGUUUGUACGAUGAAACUAUUUUUUGGAAAAAAAAAUUGUAUCUCGCAGCAAAUAAAUUUGAAAUCAGUACUUUAAAAAGCAAAUAUAAUAUAAUAUAUUCCUACUUGUAUGAUGAUAGAUAUUUUAUAUUAACAAUCACACUACUGAAUUCCUAAGAGACGGUAAGGCGUAUUUUAAACGUAGAUGAAAUUAUUGUACUUUUCGAAAUGAGUUAACAAAUGUUGAUCGUAAUGGUGAAAUAUUAUAAGAAAAACUGUGAAAAUCAUGUUCUAAUUUAAAGGCUUUAAGUAAUUAUAAAAAGUAACGUUUAAUUAUUGUAAUUAUUCCAAAAUAACCAAAAAAAAAAAAAGUAAACAACUUGUGUGAGGCACUUGUAUGCCUUAGUGGAGUUCAAGUGGUAGUCUUAGUUUUACUUGAUAUAAAGUUACAGAUAUUCAUGCUGAAGUGAAUGUACAGAGUGGGAGAAAUGCGAGAGUUAUUUUUUCAAUUAUAAUAUUUUCUAAAUUUUUUUAGAUUCUGACAACAUGUUGAGCUCUUAAGCCUACUUCAAAAUCGACAAGACAAGUGUCAUAUUAAUUGAUUUGCUGAUUUAUGUGCAUCAAAUCAAUUCUAGAAGCGGUCGAAAUCCGUUUAAAAUUAACCCUAGUUCUAUAUAUAACUAGCAUAUAGAGCUAAUUUGGACGAGUAAUUAAAAUUUUUUAAUUAAAUGAGUUAAGAAAGAAAGAUCCCUCAAAGAAUAAUGGUUAAUACUUGAAAUGAAUAGCAUCGAUAAAUGGCAUCCCCUGCCGGAAUUUAACUAAGGUACUCGUACAGGCUUCAGUCCACCUGAUUAAUCUUACCAUGAAUAUAGCCGACAUUAAGAAGAAUAUACAUUGAAAUGGGACCAACAUGUUAGGCUGGGUUUAAAGAGGAGUUUUUAUAAUCAGCCCAUAAUUUCGCUAGCCUCCAUAACCGACUAUAUCUGUGGCAUUACGUCAAAACACUUUUAGACGACUUAAGUUGGAGAGACCAUUUUGACUUUUAUAAAAAGUAAGUAAUCGUAAUUUAAAUCGUAACUAUCCAAAGGUCUUAUUUAAAAUAAAAGUUAACAUUGAGUCUCCACUAAUUUGGUCGGUAUCACUAAAUUGCUCCCCAUUAACUUAUGUCGACUUAAGGCACUUUGGAAAAUAUUCCAGAUAUUUUUGACUAAUGAUUUGGUAUCUGAUCAAAUGGGAGAUCUAAGAAAUCAUUCUGAUACUAUCGCUAUAUACAAUAUUUUUCGCUCGGUACAGACUGAGCUAAUCCCGUUGUGACUUGAUCUUUUUUAAGUAUUCUCCCAGAAGGAAACGGAGUCGAUUUGUCGGUCUGUAUAUAUGUGAAUAAGUCCAUCAGAUUUUGAGAUAUCGAACUGAAAUUUUGCACACGUCAUUUUCUCUCAAAAAACUGCUCAUUCGUUACAUGUUUAUAUAUGGGACCACUACCAUAACAGUCGGGUCUACGUAACCGGAACGGACCCGGAUUUUUUCCGGCCAAGGACUGUCAACUCGGCAAAAUUCUACCGCUACAACAACAACAACAGUUAUCUUCACGAAAUUUGGCACAGGUUAUUAAAUAAGGCAUCGCUCCAAGCUCCGAACUUUCAUGCCCUGUGAGGGUAUUAUAGGUAUAUUCGUUGCAGCCGAAGUUAACAAUUUCGUUUGUUAUUCUUAAAAUUAAUAUUUUCUUUAAUUUAAUAUUUUUUAUCUAAAAAUUAAUAACAGGAAUUUGAAAAAAAGGAAAUAAUUUGUUAAAAUUUAAUUUAAAAAAUUUUGAAAAAAAGUUACAGUUUACUUCAGUGUGAACAUCUGUAUGUAAUUAAUGCCACAAAUGAUAUUGUAAAAAAA